UGGGUUUUGCAUAUGAUAUACAGAUUAACGUUAAGCGAGUGCUCAAAGCUCCAGAAUUUGUCGGCCAAAGAGUUGCUGAACUACGAGAGCGAUGUGGAGCAGUGUCUGAGCGCACUGACCAAAGCCACGGAAGUGGACAUUCCUGUGGUGAACAAAGCGAAAAAGCAUUUGACAAAAGCCACCACCGAUAUGGACUCGUAUCGCAUCAAAUACCAUACGGCUCUCAAACUGUCCCAACAGGCGGCCAGUGUUGCGUCCGUCGCGUCCGCACAGAAGGCCGAGUCUCUGCGCAAAGAGUUGGAGGACUCGGCCUCCAAAGUGGACCAAAACAGGGACAUAUACGCCGCCGAACUACUUCACCUCUUAAGCAAAGAGUCUGAUUUGUCGCACAUAUUCCUCGACUUCUUUAAAAGUCAAGCAAAUUAUCAUAAAAAGAAUUGGGAAUUAAUGCAGAUUUAUAUACCUCUCAUCGAACGAGUCAUUAACGACAACUCGCAAAAGCCAGUCUUCGGGACAGCACUGGAAGAGCACUUACGGGUGACUAAACGCGAGAUCUCUAUUGUGAUCGAGACGUGUGUCGGAUGUUUACUCAACAAUCUGUCCGAAGAGGGAUUGUUUCGCAUUCCCGGCAGUACUUCCAAAGUGCGGAAACUGAAGAACGCGUUCGACGCCGGGAUCGUCGACUUCGAGGAAUACGUUCGCGACACGCAUACAGUGGCCGGUGCUCUCAAGUCAUACCUCCGCGAACUGCCCGAACCAUUGUUCACAUAUAGUCUAUACCACGAGUGGAUCAAUGCGGCCAAGAUCAGUGACACCGACGCCCGACUGCAGGCGCUGUGGAAAGUGUGCAAUAAACUGCCGAAAGCCAAUCACGACAACUUGCGAUAUAUGAUUAAAUUCUUGUCCAAAAUAUCCAAUAAUUGCGAUUCAAAUAAGAUGUCGUCGCAGAACCUGGCGAUCGCCAUCUCUCCCAGCCUUAUAUGGCCUCAACAGGACAGCCAACCAUUUGAUCUUAAUAUGACGGCCGCCUCUAAUCAUAGUCUAAUUCUGGACACAAUUAUACAAUAUUGUGACUGGUUUUUCCCCGCAGAAGUCAAUUUUGUAGCCUUUCCAGUGAGUGUCGAGAGGGUCGCCAACGGAGACCACACUUAUAUCGGCGACCACUACACCACCAAAUCCCACCAUUCGAGCACUCGGUCCGCUAAAAAGCCAGCGCCGGCCCCACCCGUCGCCCUCCAGGGCGUCCGUCCACUCGACAGAGUGGCGCCCAUUAACGGCCUUAAGACUCACUCCAGAAAUAAUUCCGAUUCGUUAGAAAUGGUUCGCGAAAGGGAUAGGGAUUUGAUGACGACAUCGGGUGUCGACUCUAACGACGAGACAAAUUCUGUCGAUUCUGACCACAACUCGUCUGUGAUUUAUUCGACCGCAUCUCUGGACAGACCCGCGAAGAGAGCGAUUGAUUUGUCGACGCAUUCAUCGUCAGAUCGGCACCCAAUGGUCGAUAGGAAGGUCUCGACAUCUAAUUAUCAGACGCGAAACAAAGUGAUAGAAAAGCCUAACGUUCCGCCACCGUCUGUGCCCACGCGCUCCUCUCUGGAGCGGCCCCUAUCGGUCCACGAGAGGCCGUCUGUGCCUCCGCCGGAACGACCGCAGCGUUCAUGUGAUAACAAAGUGAAACAAAGAUCUCUCGAGAAUUUGAAUAAUAGCGACUCUGAGCAGCAAAAGACUUCGACAACUGAUCCAAUGGCCACCAAAGUUGGCGAUGAA